UAUCUAGGUAUCGGAGGUGCUAGGAAUUUCCGACAGAGGGCGGAUUAGGAAUCCUCAACAAGGCCGGGAUGAAGGAGUGGGGAAGCCAGCCUUCCGACCCCACCUCCAAACAGCACACAGUGGGAGCUAUGAAUUGGCAAGUGAGGUCAACAUUCAGACCUAGAGCAAGACGAGAUGAUGAAAAAUCUUUGCAACUGGUUGGGCCUAUGGUUGCCCAGCAGCCUGACGCUGAGCCAUGUUAUGGCAAGGAGCCACCAACUGAGCGUCAGGAUAUUAUACCUGAUCAAGAGAAAAAAGAUGAAGGAGCAUCUGGGAUUCAAGGGCCAGCCCCGGAACCUAAUCCAAAGGAACCAGCUGGUGAGAAGACCGGGUGUGAGCGUGGAAAUGGUCCUGCUGUCAAAGGGAGGGGUUUUGCAAAUCUAGAGCCCCUGAAGAUGCCAGAGGCAGGUGAAGGGAAACCGAAGGUUUAAAUGAAGACAGGCUGAAGCCACAUGGGCAGUUCUUGUAUUGAAAAGUGGCUACAAUUCUCUCAAUAAAGUUCUGCAGUUUUGUC